AUGCUGUUACCUGACCCGUUUGCUGAUUCGGGCCCACCACAGCGCCAGUUUCAUCAGGGUGCAUAUAUGCAGGAUAAUCAAGACUUGCUUGAACGCUGCAAGGCAUUAGAGCUGCGGGAAAUUCAACUGACCACUGAGUGUGAUACCAUCAAUCGCCCUACCCGCCAGCAAUAUCCCAAGAUACGGUUCUUGUCCCAGGACAACUUUAUGCGCUGGCUUGAUACUGCCAGUAGUCAAACCACUGAUCGCGGAAAGAUUCCGUAUCUCGAGAACGAAAACGGGGGUCCAGUCCCUGAAAACACAGUCAAAGCGAUCCACAAGCUUCUCCGGGUUCGAGACAGCAUCAAGAAAGAGGACGAUGAUGACGACGACGAUGACAACACCAACAGCAACGAGCGCACACUGGCAGGCAAGAAACGCAAGUGGUCAACAGCAUCCGUUGAGCCCAAGUUUUCCAGCAAGAAAGUCAAGGCUAGCUCUGAGUUGGAGAACAUGCCAUUGAGUCCCAAUCUUGACUCUGCUAAUACCACUAAACCUAUCGAGAACACUAUCGAACCUCAUGCCGACACUGAGAACGCCAUCGAACUUCUUGACGACACCACCAACACUACCGAACAUCUUGGAAACACCGAGAACACUACUGAACCUUUUCUCGAAACCAAGAACACUACUGAACCUCUGAUGGACUCAGACGAUACUGCUAUCACUGUACUAUCUAAUGCUAGCUCCGAGCCUCGGUCCGUUCCUGCACCAAAGCCUCUCAGAACCACGCUUCCAAAUCCUCUAAAUUUAUGCGCCCACCGCUGUCUCAAGCAAAUCAAGACGAACGGAACUACGGACGAGUUCUGUGUCUACUACGGCAGCCUCAACGAAGAGAAGAGGAAGGAGCAUGACAAUGAAGCGAACACACUUGUGAGUAAUAUGGUUGCCGUCACCAUCUACUCCGAUUGA